AUGCAAGCCAAGUGCUUUGGAGGUUGUUGUCCCAAGAAUUGUUGGGCUAGCUACAAGCUACACGAGGACGUUACCCAGAAGUUGAGUGAUGUUAAUGAUCUUAUAAGCAAUGGGCAUUUUGAUGUUGUAGCAGAAAAGUUUGUUCGUGAUCAGUUUGACGAAGUUCCCGUGGAUAGGGCUGUGGGUGUAGAAUCAACAUUUGAGGAGCUACGUUCAUGCUUUGAGAACAGUCUGGUGCGCGUCAUUGUCAUCCAGAUUGAGGCAUCUAAAGAUGUAGACCCAGGGAAAAUACAAGAAGAUAUUAGGAAGAAAUUGCGCAUCGGAGAUGACGCUUGGAAUAAUAAGACAGUUGAUGACAGGGCUCGUUUGUUUUAUAAUAUCUUAAAGAAUAAGAAAUUUGCGUUAUUAGUAGAUGAUGUGUGGGAAAAGAUUGACCUGUUGAAAUUAGGGGUUCAUUCUCCUAAUAAUCAUGAAUGCAAGAUAAUAUUCACAACUCGGUCAAAAGAGAUAUCUGGUCAAAUGGUUGCGUGGAAAAGCAUAAAAGUAAAUUGUCUCACGUUAGAUAAAGCAUUUGACUUGUUCAAGGAGAAAGUGGGUAAAACUACUCUUGAAAACUUUCAUAUAUUGCCUCUUGCAAAACUAGUAGUAGAAGAGCGUCGAGGCCUGCCACUUGCUCUUUAUACCAUUGGAUGUGCAAUGGCUAACAAGGUAACUCCCAAUGAAUGGAAGCAUGCUAUAGAAAUUUUGAGGAGUUAUCCAUCAAAGGUCCAAGGUAUUGUUGAAGAUGUCUAUUACUUGCUUGAGUUUAGUUAUGAUAGAUUGCCAGAUGAUAUCUACAAAUCAUGUUUUUCGUAUUGUGCCUUAUUUCCUGAGGAUUAUAACUUCGAAAAACAAAAGCUUAUUUUGCUCUGGAUAGCAGAAGGUUUUUUUGGCUGA